AGCUCCCCCGAAUACUCGGAAUCCAACCGACGUCAACAUUUCUCUAACAGAUGCUGCCAAUAGUCCUAUACUCAAGCUAUAUAAGGAUAUUCCAGACGCUUCAUUGAAAGAGGAUUUCAUGACUGUGCUGGCUCUUACGAUUCGCGAGGCAUCGAAC